AGUUAAUUACGAGAAAAGGAAAAGGAAAAAGAUUUUAUUUAUUAAAUGGGCUGCAGGUUUCGCGGUUUCCGAUUUCGGCUGUUGGAUCCUAUAAAACAGCGAUUUCAGUGUUCUGAGUCUCCACCGCAAGGACUAAGCCUGCCUUCCUUCUACUCGUACUCCCUCUCUGUCUCUGUCUCUGUCUCUGUGUGCGUCUCUCUCUCUCUCUCUCUCUCUCUCUCUCUCUCUCUCCGAGCUUCUGGCCCUGCCCUUUCCUUAAAUUCUUCCCAGGAAAUCCCUCAAACUUACCCGGAAAAUCCCCCCGGAAACGUUUAGAUUUGUGGGGAGUGACUUGGUUUCCUUAUUGGGUCGAUAUAAUCUCCUUCGCUUUGGUAAAAGGGCUUGCCCCUAUUAUUCGACAAAGCCUUUGUGUCAACUUUGAUUUCUUUUGAAUCCAAUCCCACCUUUUAAUGUUUCCUUUUCUGUCAGAUUUUACUGUACCGGCCUGCCUUCUGGUUUUCUCUGCGUUUGAAGCUUCUCUUGGACGAUUCACUUCACUUUCUUCCUCCAUCUUUAUUCUCCCCCGUGUCUACUCUCUCAAAGCAAUCUUCCUUUAAAUUCACGCUCCUCUCUUAUGAAUAUCGCUUUUCAUGGUUUUCGAUGCGAAUAGUGAGAAUCUGAGCAGCAGCUUGAGCAAGAUGGACGAGAGUAUGAACUUGCUAUGGCCGAUCAAGUACUCCGAGCACAGAAGUGUUACCAAGAAGGUUAAAAAGCCCAGAAAAGGGGCCGUCUCCGACGGCCGGAGGAUCCCGCCGGAGAUGAACUGUCCCAGAGUUGUUCGGAUAUCGGUGACGGACCCGAAUGCCACGGACUCAUCGAGCGAUGAGGAGGACGACCUCUUCGGCCGGCAACGAGUGAAGAAAUACGUCAACGAGAUCAACAUCGAAACUGCUUGGAAGACCAGUGCUUUGGUUGGGAAGAAGCCAGUGAAGGUGAGCCGGAAGCCAAUGAAGUCGGCAGCGGCAGGCGGUAGUGGGAGGAAGUUCCGCGGCGUGCGGCAGCGGCCGUGGGGUAAAUGGGCGGCGGAGAUCAGAGACCCGGCGAGGCGCGUGAGGCUUUGGCUGGGGACUUACGACACGGCCGAGGAGGCGGCGAUGGUGUACGACAACGCGGCGAUCAAGCUCCGUGGACCGGACGCCCUGACGAACUUCCUGACGCCGCCGGCCAAAGACAUGCCGGAGAUUAACCAGACCUCCGUUUCCGGCUACGAGUCCGGCAACGAGUCCCACUCCCACAGCCUGGCUUCUCCAACAUCAGUCUUGCGAUUCAGAACAACCGAACCAGAAAAGACCGCCAAGCCAGUCAAACUAUCUGAACCGGUACCAGAUCCGGUUCAGUCGCAGGAAGAAUCCCAAGACGAAACGAAUUUACAAGCCGAGGCCCCCGAUUACUUGCCAAUGGACAUUCCGUACUUAGACGAUUUCUUCAACUUCGAGUCGCCGGAGCCGAUAGUCUUCGACGACAAACCAGUUCCAUUCGACGAACCGCCGAAUCUACACAACAGUGUCUUCUUGAACGAAGAUUUAGGCGACAUGUUCGUCGAUUCAGCCAAGGACUUCGGAUCGCCGUCGACGUGGCAAGUCGACGAUUACUUCCAAGAUCUGGGCUGCGAUUUCUUCAGCUCGGAUCCUUCAAUGGCGCUAUAAUGAGGUCCCGUCGCCGCCGGAUUGUCGAUUUUCCGGCAAAUUUUGUACCGGCGGUGACAGCGUAAUGGCGGGCUUUCCUUGUUCGUCUGCUCUACACACCGGUGGUUUGUUUGUUUGUUUGUCUGUUUGUUUGUGGUAGGCGUCUCCGUUAAAAUUAACGGAGAUAUGUACGGAGUUAUGUAAGAUUUUAUGCUCUCGCUAUAAAUAAAACGGACUGGAAUUAA